CCAUAAUAAAAGCCUGUCAACUAAAUCGGAGUAGUCGUCGCUCUGAAACAUAUAGUCGACUAAUCCCUUGCGUCUAGUUGGUGGAAAUCCCCACGUGGUUCCCACUCCUCUCAAAAAAAAAAAAAGAACAAGAAAAAAAGAAAGAAAGAAAGAAAAACAACUUUGGAAUUGCGGAGCCCUUGUCGUGAUUGCAGAGGGGAAAGGGGUCUCAGGCAGGAGCAUCUCGCAGGACAAAAACGAGCUGGUCAUCUACAGCAACGCACUGGGACGCGCGAUACGGGAAGCUACCGAACCUUAUUCCCUCUUUAGCAGUGGUGCUGGAGAAGAUGAGUUCCUGCGUAUGAAUGAAAAAGAGCGGACUACACACCACUGGCCAUGUAGAGAGAGGUUUUACUUCUAUUUUGGAGAGAUCACUGAACGUCUUGUUUAACUGAACGUAUAUUUUACCUGCGAGCAAAGUCAAGACUCGUUGUUGGACCACACGCUGAAUGCUUACUUAAUGAGUGGAGUUCAUAACCUCGCAAAUUAGACAGCACUUGGAGGUUUGGAACUUUUUCAUUGACUUUUGGACUCAGCGGUUGUGCUCUUUCGGAAGUCGCAGAUUAAAAAAAAAAACUGUAUUGCCACUAUUUAGUUGAAUUAUUUUUCUCUUCUGUGGAGUGGACUUAACUGUUAACGUUUGUGAAAAUGACUUCAGCCACUGUGCUGAUGUUAAUUGCCUGCGCUUUCUCGGUGCGCUGCAGCUCAGUGCCAGAGACUUCGAGCUCGCCCGCGGAGUCGUGCGCGUCGUGCGGCUUCAGGGCACCGGAUCAGUCGGAACGAGUGAACGUCGACUUCUUGGAGGCGGUCAAGAGACACAUACUGAACAGGUUGCAGAUGAGGGAGCGACCGAACAUCACCCAUCCCAUCCCAAAAGCCGCGAUGGUGACAGCGCUGAGGAGGCUGCACGCCGGUAAAGUGCGAGAAGACGGUCGAGUGGAGAUCCCCAGUUUUGACGGACAGGCGUCCUUCAACAACGAGGUUCACACGGAGACUUCGGAGAUUAUCAGCUUCGCCGAAAGUGAUGAGUACACGUCAUCAAAGUCCAGUCUUUAUUUCCUCAUCUCCAAUGAAGGCAACCAAAACCUGUAUGUAUCCCAAGCAAACUUGUGGCUCUUCUUUCGGGUGUCGCCGGCCGGUCCUGAGAAAGGCUUGCGAAGGAAGGUGACAGUGAAGAUCCACUACCAGGAAGCUGGAGCUGUGAGCAAUGUCGAAGGAGUGCAAGGAGGAGGUGAUGGAGGGGUCACAGGGCACUGGGCCCUGGUGGAGAAGCGCGUUGAGCUAAAACGCAGCGGUUGGCAUACUUUCCCCCUCUUAGAGGCAGUCCGGGCAGUGUUUGGCAAAGGUAGCCGUCGACAGGACCUGGAGGUCCACUGUGAGGGAUGUGAGACGGCGGGAGUGGCCCCAGUGCUGGUGGACCCGGGUGACCCCUCCCACCGACCAUUCCUGGUGGUCCGUGCAAGACAAGUGGACGGAAAGCACCGCAUCCGCAAGCGGGGGCUGGAGUGUGACGGCACCAGUGGGGGUCUAUGCUGCCGGCAGCAGUUUUAUAUCGACUUCCGUCUUAUCGGCUGGAACGACUGGAUCAUCGCCCCUGCGGGCUAUUACGGCAACUACUGUGAGGGCAGUUGCCCAGCUUACAUGCCUGGCGUGCUGGGAUCAGCUUCAUCCUUCCACACAGCAGUCGUAAACCAGUACCGCUUGAGAGGAAUUAGCCCAGGUUCGGUCAACUCCUGCUGCAUCCCCACCAAAUUGAGUACUAUGUCUAUGCUCUACUUUGACGAUGAGUACAACAUCGUCAAGAGAGAUGUGCCCAACAUGAUUGUGGAAGAGUGCGGCUGUGCUUGAGUCCACUUUGGCCCUCAAUUCUCUUUGAACAUCCAGCAAGGCCUUUUUAUUUUCUACAACCGGACCCUUUGUACAGUAGACAUAUACAGUACAAGAAAUGUAUUGCUACUGUAUGUGCGGAUGAGACACGCUGUAGUAUAAAUCCGGUAUCCAAAUGUGCGGAAGUUUGGUUGCACAUGUUCAUAUGAGUGUAUGUAUUUAUCGGACUGAGUGAUAUGCUUGCUGUCUGACCUGGAACUAGACAGCAUUGGGAGGAGAAGGGAACGAAGAUCACCAAAUGGUACUUUAGCUGUACUUUGCCGUUUUAAAUUAAGUAUAUGGGCCUCGCGCCGCCACCUGAAAGAAGACAAGAAGCAUUUAAGGAAAGUAACAUGAUCAGCCAAUGACAUUAUUGGUGUUGUCCCCAGACUCCCCAACCUCUCCCCCAAGCCCCUAAGUACUUUAAGCACAUGGCAGACUUUUUUUAAAUUUUUUUUUUUUAAGCACUGACAGUUCAUCAGCUUACACGAUUCGGAACACAAGCACUUCACUAGAAUGCCGACAGACACAGUCUGACUGUCCUCUGGUGGAAUUAGACCAGCAGCGCUUAAUGCCUCACAGGAUUAUUCCCUCUGCACUGCAGCGGUAAAAGAAAGUCCUCCGCAGAGCUGCUGUCAUUAUUUUCACUGUUAAUUGCAGGUCUUGAACCUCAGCGUCCUGCUUAUCGAGAGGGUUUGCAAGGCCUGUAACCACGAGAUGACCCGGACUAGACAGAUCUCAGAAGUGCACUUGACUAGUGCACUGGGACAGAACUCCUUCCCUCUGCCCGUUAAUGUUUUGGGAUACGGAGACACUAGUUUUGGUGGGUCGCCACAGUGCAGUGCAGCACUUGUAGAAAUUGAAAUGCACACCCUGAUUAGCACUUGUAUAAAGAAUUGCCUUCCGAGGGGUACCGAGUGUCCUGUCAUAUCAUAUUAAGUAAGUGCCACAUGAGCUAUGCAAUGUAUAGUAAACUGUACCCGUACUCCAACAUGUCCUCUUAGACUGAAUGAUCUUUCUCUGAAAAUUUCUUUGUGUCUUGUGUUUGCUUUCUCACCCUUUCCCGCUUUCAGUCCUUGACUCUUAAUCAAUACUUGAAAUGUAAUCUUUCGCAUCCUUUCUAAGGCGAAUGAUUGUUGUGAUGUUUGCACUGAAAAGUUGCAGGAUUAGUGAAACAAAAACUGCCAUUGA